UUCUUUCGCCGGUGAGGGCGCACAGCCCAUGGCGGACAACGUUUUGAAAUCAAGACUACGAUUGAUGCACUGUGAGACGUCUGCGCACUAGACUACGUACGGAACGGGUAUCGGCAGUCGACCCUCGACUCAAGAUGGCGUUCAGCUACAGAGAGAUGGUCCGUCGUGCGUUUCAAAUUUUACGUGAAAAUGGAGGCGUAAUUAGCAGUUUCUGGAGACUUACACGAGGAGAUGAUCCACUGAAGAUGGGUGCCCUUGUUGGCACUGACAAAUAUGGGAACAAGUACUUUGAGAAUAACAGGUAUUUCCAAGGCCGGAAUCGCUGGGUUGAGUACAGAAAAGACAAAUAUUGGGACCUGGAUGCAAGCAUGAUACCAGCUGAAUGGCAUCGCUGGCUACAACAGAUGACUGAUGAUCCACCUACCAAGGUUCCCCCAACACCACGUAAAUUUCUAGCAGAUCACACAUACAAUCAAUCAGGAACAAGUGGUUGCUACGUACCAAGCACUACCACACCAAAGAAAAUCCAUGAAUGGGUACCCCCAGUGAACACCGAGUGACGUUGCAGUGGUAAUGAAACGAUAUCAGUAAACUUUUUAGACGAAAUCUAGUUAAAGUUGCUUUAAUUGUAAUAACCUUAUUACAGUGUUAGCUACAUAAGUGGUCUUUGCUCUGAAAACUGCAAGCACUAUUUAUUUCACACUCCAAAAUGUGACCAGUGUUUCAUGUUUCACAAAACUGCUUGACAGUAAUUUGUGAAAAAUGUUUGCUUCCUUGUAGAAACCUUCAGCAUGUGUUUUUAAUAAAUAUUUACUUCCAGGAACCGGGACACUAUGUUGAGGGGCAAUUUGAAUUGUUUCUAGCAUUUGAAUGUAGCUGUCCUCAGUAGAAUUUGGUGUUUAAUUGAUUAAAAAGCAAAGAAGAUGCAUGCAAGAUCUCUAGCUGUGUUUGGAAAGUUCAAGGAAAACUCACUUCCCAUUUCCACUCAAGUACAUGUAAUUUUUAUUUGGCUUGUUUGUAACUCUUAAUCCACUCACGAAUGUACAUAAGAGAGAUUGACGUAUAAUAAAAUGUAAAUACAUUGGA